AUGUGCGUCACUCAACUCUCUCCUUUCCAGGUGACGAUGUACCACUGGGACAUGCCGCAAGCCCUGCAGUACAUAGGGGGCUGGCCCAACCCCAUCCUAGCGGACUACUUCCUCGAGUACGCCAGGGUGCUCUUUGACAACUUCCGUGACAGGGUGAAGAUGUGGCUGACAUUCAACGAGCCUUUCGAGUUAAUGAAAGGCUACGCUACCACAGGCGGUCAAGCUCCGUCGCAGGAAGCUUCUGGCAUCGGCGACUACCUGGCAGCACACACCGUCAUCAGAGCGCACGCCAUGGUCUACCGCCUCUACGACGAGCAGUACCGCUCCACGCAGAACGGUGAGUUUGCCAAGUUCGGUAUCACACUAAACUGUGACUGGUUCGAACCAUACGAUGAACUGGAGGAAUCCCUGGAGGCUCAGGAACGUGUAAUUCAGUUCCAGCUCGGUCUGUUCGCGAACCCUAUCUACGUGGACGGCGACUACCCGGCCAUGGUGCGGGAGCGUGUGGACAACAACAGCAGAGCCGAGGGGCGACCAAGGUCACGCCUGCCCAGCUUUACUGAGGAAGAGAAGCGGAUGAUCAAUGCGAUCCACGGGAGUGAAAGCAGAGCGUUCAAUGAGUUUCCAGAGGGUUUCCUGUUUGGAGCUGCCACUUCAGCCUACCAGGUGGAGGGCGCCUGGAACGAAGAUGGCAAAGGAGAGAGCAUAUGGGACCACAUGCUGCACGAACAUCCAGAGUACGGCCACAAAGGGGAGAACGGAGACGUGACCUGCGAUUCGUACCACCAUUAUGCUGAGGACGUACAGGCGCUCAAGGAUAUGGGGGCUAAAGUAUACCGCUUCUCCAUCUCUUGGCCUCGUAUACUGCCUAACGGGGACAUAGACGUGGUCAACCAGGCGGGGAUUGACUACUACAACAACCUCAUCAACCUGCUACUGGAGAAUGACAUUCAACCGAUGGUGACGAUGUACCACUGGGACCUGCCGCAAGCCCUGCAGUACAUAGGAGGCUGGCCCAACCCCAUCCUAGCGGACUACUUCCUCGAGUACGCCAGGGUGCUCUUUGACAACUUCGGUGACAGGGUGAAGAUGUGGCUGACAUUCAACGAGCCUUUCGAGUUAAUGAAAGGCUACGCUACCACAGGCGGCCAAGCUCCGUCGCAGGAAGCUCCUGGCAUCGGCGACUACCUGGCAGCACACACCGUCAUCAGAGCGCACGCCAUGGUCUACCGCCUCUACGACGAGCAGUACCGCUCCACGCAGAACGGUAAAGUCGGUAUCACACUAAACUGUGACUGGUUCGAACCAUACGAUGACCUGGAUGAAUCCCUGGAGGCUCAGGAACGUCUGAUUCAGUUCCAGCUGGGCAUGUUCGCGAACCCAAUCUUCGUGGACGGCGACUACCCGUCCGUGGUGCGGGAACGUGUGGACAACAACAGCAGAGCCGAGGGGCGACCCAGGUCACGUCUGCCCAGCUUCACAGACGAGGAGAAGCGGAUGAUCAAUGGUUCUUCUGAUUUCUUUGGACUGAAUUCAUACACAACAAGUCUCGUGAAGUCUGCAGUCGUGGGUGGCUCACCAUCAUUGGAACGCGACUCUGGUGUUCAGCGAAUAAUCAACUUUGCUUGGCCUGGCAGCAGCUUAAUAUGGCUCAGGGUUGUGCCAUGGGGUUUCCGUAAUAUUGUUAACUGGGUGUCAUCGAGAUAUCCUAACUACCCUAUUUUCAUCACGGAGAACGGCUAUCCCGAUUUUGGGGGACUCGAAGAUGAAACACGUAUCAGUUAUUACGGGGAAUACUUGGCAGAAUUACUGAAAGCUAUCAAUGAAGAUGGGGCCAAUGUAAUUGGAUAUGCAGCUUGGAGCCUUCUCGACAAUUUGAUGUUUAAUUCUGGUUUCAGACCGAAGUUCGGCGUCUACCACGUGGAUUUCAACAGCACUGAGAAAACAAGGACGCCAAAGGCUUCAGCAAGCUUCCUAUAUGGCAUCUAUAGCAACAUGAGUGUACCAGAAGAAUACUUUACGUAA